GUCUCCUUCAAGCCUCAAAAUCAAAGUAAGAAGAUGGAAGCAAACACUAUGUUUCUUACAAAAGCUCUUCUUCUUGUCUGUUUCAGAGUCUGCUUCACAUUAGCUUCUGACCCCGACCCGAUCCAAGACUUCUGUAUACCAAAACCAAUCACAUCUCCUCAUCACCAUUCCUUCUCCACAAACCUCCCAUGCAAAAACUCCUCCGAACUAACCACCGAAGAUUUCAUCUUUUCCGGCUUUAAAACCCCUGGAAACUUCUCCGAGACCGGGCUAGCCACAGUCCCCGUAAACCCGACAACCUUCCCGGGCCUUAACACACUGGGUUUGUCUUUUGUCCGGGCUGAUCUCAAACCCGGAGCUAUAAACCCGCCACAUUACCAUCCUAGGGCCACGGAGGUAGCCCACGUGGUUAAAGGACGGGUAUACUCUGGUUUUGUGGACUCUAACAAUAAAGUCUACGCUAAGGUUAUGGAAGAGGGAGAAAUGAUGGUGUACCCAAAAGGGCUAGUGCAUUUUCAGAUGAACGUGGGAGAUGUUACGGCCACGAUUCUAGGAGGACUUAAUAGCCAAAGCCCCGGGAUUCAGAAGAUACCGUCGGUUGUUUUUGGGUCAGGGAUUAACGAGGAGUUGCUUGUGAAAGCUUUUGGGUUGAGUCUUGAGCAGAUUGGUACUUUGAAGAAAAGAUUUAAUCCUGUCAUGUCUAAUGAACAUUGAUGUUUUCUCUUAAACGAGAUUAUAUUAUUAUGCAACUUAUAAGUUAUAUAUC